AUGGGAUUCUUAACAUCACCUACCUCCUUUCGACUUGCUAAUCUAGGUACUGACAACGAUGUCGGCGCAUCUUCUAUCUCAACACGAUCACUCACAGAUGUCGCAUUUGUUACCAUGGUAAACGACCACUCUUCACAUCCUGCCAUCGGUCAUCUCAUCCUUUUAGUUUUCGAAGCUGUGCUGGAAGUCGUAUGUGUUAGUUUGCCGGGUUAUAUUGUGGCACGACUUGGAAUGUUCGAUGCGGAUAAACAGAAGUUUGUCGCAAAUUUGAAUGUUGCUCUCUUUACACCUUGUCUGAUUUUCACGAAAUUGGCAUCUCAAUUGACAGCGGAUAAAUUGGUCGAACUUGCAGUCAUACCAGUGAUUUUCAUUGUACAAACAUUGGUAUCAUAUUUGGUUUCGGUUGGAGUUGGCAAAGCAUUUGGUUUUGGAAAAAGACCCGCAAACUUUGUCACUGCCAUGGGAGUAUUCGGAAAUUCGAACUCUCUACCUAUUUCUCUCGUCAUCUCGUUGUCGCAAACAUUGAAAGGUUUACAUUGGGACAAAAUACCUGGGGACAAUGACGACGAAGUUGGUGCAAGAGGUAUCUUAUAUCUACUCAUCUUCCAGCAAUUGGGACAACUCGUUCGUUGGAGCUGGGGUUAUCAUGUGUUACUUGCACCACCCGAGACAUAUAACAAUGAAGAAGCAGGUCGAUAUACAGAUGAAGCUGUUUUAAUCCCUGGAUUGGACGGUGACGAGGACUCGGAUGACCAUGCUGGAUCGUCGGCAAAUUCAUCUCAAUUCGGUGGUAGAACACCUGUUACCCAUGCUCUACAUGACAAUUCCGAUGAAGAAGAGCCCGCGAAGGUACCAGGUAUCAUGGCCACACCUACGAAUGGAAAUCAUCUACCAGGAAAUAGCGGCGAUAUUACUUCAUUCCCAAGGAUUCGAACACCACCAUCGGAGGAAGAGAAUGAAAUUCCAGAUGGAAUCAAAGGUUGGAUCCCUCGCGCAAAAUUUCACACUAAACGAACUGUCGCCAAAGCAUCUCACCAUACCUAUCAUUCUUUACCAACUCCGGCUCAAACACUUCUUACCAAAGUUUCAAAUGCUACUAAUAGGUUCUUGAAUGGUUUAUGGGAAUUCAUGAAUCCUCCUCUCUGGGCCAUGCUUCUCGCUGUCAUCGUCGCAUCUAUUCCAAAACUUCAAUAUCUCUUCUUUGCCGAGGGUUCCUUCAUCGCCAACUCGGUUACACGCGCCGUAUCUCAAUCCGGUGGUGUCGCUGUUCCUCUCAUCUUAGUCGUACUUGGCGCAAACCUCGCUCGAAACACCCUUCCUCAACAUGUCCUUGACGAGAACUCUGAAGAAAAUAAAAUUGGCACCAAACUUCUCGUCGCCUCCUUGAUCUCCAGAAUGUUACUACCGACAUUGAUCAUGGCCCCAUUGCUAGCUCUCACCGCAAAAUAUGUCCCCGUGAGCAUAUUGGACGAUCCUAUCUUUGUUAUUGUGUGCUUCUUAUUGACUGGUGCACCGAGUGCAUUGCAAUUGGCGCAAAUCUGUCAAAUCAAUGGAGUUUAUGAGGGGGUCAUGAGUAAGUUGCUUUUCCAAAGUUAUGUUAUUUGGAUUUUACCAAGUACAUUGAUAUUGGUCAUGUGUGCGUUGGAGGUUGUGGAGUGGGCUGCUUAA